AUGAAGAUCGAUUUUUGGAAUGUGAGGGGCUCCAAUCGGCCUCUCAAACACAAUGGGGUAGCCACCUCAUCAAGCAUAACCAGCUUUGCCUUUUGGGCAUUUUGGAAACAAAGCUUGCAGCAUCAAAGAUUCCGAGAUUUCUUAGCCGAUCAUUUCCUGGAUGGUGCCAAGCCAACAACUUUGACACUAUUGCCGGUGGACGCAUCCUUGUGGUUUGUAAUCCGACAGUUAUCGACCUUCAACCGGAGGAUAUCUCGUCGCAAAAGGAAUAUGUGGGAGAAGCUUAUAGAAUUGGGACAGACGAUAAGCAUGUCAUGGCUCAUUAGCGGCGAUUUCCACUAUGUGGAAUCUCCCGAGAAGAAGCAGCUUAGAGUGGCCCCAACUUGGUAUGAACUCAAGGAUUUCGUAGGUUGCUGUGCAGCACUUGGACUGUUUAACGUCCCCACAACGGGUUGCUAUUACACAUGGUAUUCCAACAACGAAAGCAACCAUAUAUUGUGCAUACUUGACCGGAUCCUUUACAAUAACGAAUGGCUCGAGGCCGGUUUACAUUGCGGCGCCCACUUCAACCUACCGGGAUGCAUAUCAAACCACUCCCAGGGUAUUGUCACUAUCUUCGAUCAUACACUCACUAAGCCAAAACCAUUCCGCUUUUUCAAUAUGUGGGCAGACCAUCUGGACUUCUUGACUACUGUUGAACAACAAUGGAACUUGAAUGUGGAGGGAACGCCACAAUUCAACCUUUGCAAGAGACUGAAAUCACUUAAAGGUGCACUAAAAGCUUUCAACACACAACACUACAGCCACAUCUCCACCAGGGCCAAAGAGGCUGACCUUGCACUACAAUAUGCUCAGAACCAGUUUGAAAGCAAUCCGGGAGAUGUAACGCUUCAGGAAUCUUUGGGGGAUCUUAGGAGGAAGACCGUUUUUCUUGCCGAGGCCAAACAACACUUCUUCUACCAGAAAGUCAAAAUCCAUUAUCUCAAAGAGGGGGACCGAAACACCAAAUUUUUCCACGAUAUGGUGAAACGGAAGGCUGCUAGAAACUCCAUCAUGGCAGUCACUAGAGCUGACAGGACUAUUAUCACUGUUGCCGAUGAGAUUGCCCAAGAGUUUGUUGAUUACUACACAUCACUCUUGGGCACCGAGGCUCACACCAUCCCAAUCGAUGACGGUGUGUUCGAUUGGGGCCCCAAACUCUCCUUCGAGCUUACUAAAGAACUUUGUAGGGAAGUCACAACACUGGAGGUCAAGGAAGCCAUCUCAAUAUUAAUGACAACAAGGCACCCGGCCCCGAUGGAUAUUCCUCAUGUUUUUUCAAGAAAGCAUGGAACGUGGUGGGUGAUCAAGUAUGCAUGGCCGUUUUGGAUUUCUUUAGGAGUGGACGGAUGCUACGGCAACUCAACCACACCAUCAUUGCUCUCAUGCCCAAAUCAGAGCAUUCCACCUCUGUUGCCGACUACCGAUCGAUUUCGUGCUGCAACGUCAUCUACAAGGCCAUCACGAAAAUUAUCUUGGACCGACUCGCCCCCGCAUUGUUGCACUUAA